AUGUCUUUUUCCUCGGAGCGAAGAGCAUCUAGCUCGAGACGCCAGUCGAGCACCAACCUCAGCCCCCGAGACCACGAUGUCGAACUGUCGCAAUCAUUGAACAAACUGUCCUUGUCAGCCUCGCCUGCAGUCAGCAGAGCGCCGCGAAGCCCCAGCGCCCUGUCUCCUUACAGAUCAUCUGCCAACCGGUCCUCGACCUCACCUGCGCCUGGAAGCACAUCAGGCCGUAGCCCCUCUCUGAGCCGAGCCUCUCCGUCACGAUCUUCCACACCCACCCUCCUGCGCAAAGCGUCGACCAGUUCGCUGCGCUCGGCGAACGGACGUACUCCGAGUCAACCACCUUCUCGUCGCUCAAGCUUAGCCCACGUCUCCUCGCCAUCCCAGACGUCUGCCGUCACCGAGGAACCCCCCAAGACACCGAUGACUGCCAGCUCAGUCGCAAGCGAAUACUUCCAAAACGAGUUGAACCUGUGCCAUGCUCUCUCCACAACUCAGCAAACACACGCCGCUGUCAUUCUCUCUGACGCGUGCUACGGACAUCGUUACUCCCGCCCCAAGACAUCACGCGCCGCCCUCAGCACUAUUGUGGAGCGCCCCGAAAGAAUCAAGGCUGGCGCCCUCGGGGUAGCCAUGGCAUACGUGCGCCUCGGAGGUCGUCAUUGCGAUGGCGACUAUCCAGCUCACCCGAAGCUCGACCCGACCUCGAUACCUACCGUACCUUUCAAGAUUCAUAAGACGACGCGCAAGCUUCCACUUCUCUCACCCGCCGUGACGAACGUGCAUGGUUCCAAGUGGAUGGAGGAACUGAGAACCAUGUGCCGGCUUGCCGAAUCCAAACUCGCCAUGGGCGGCAAGGAGCUGGCGAGGCCUGAGAGCGGCCGGACUGCGACACGGGCGCCGCUGCCAAGCUCCACGAAGGCGACCUCUACCUUUGCGCCGACUCCCUGGAUGCCCUGGAGGGCGCUCUCGGGGCUGUCUGCGAAGCAGUCGACCUGGUCUUUUCUGAUGGCCCGCGCCGUGCUUUCGUUGCGGUCAGGCCACCGGUCGAUAGCGUGGCAACACAAUACUCGUGGUGUUUCUGCCGCCAAGAACGCGCAGGCGUGGAAGAAGACCUCCAUCGGCUACUUCAGUCUUCACGACAUAAACUCCUAUCCUUGCGAAAUGGGUGACGAGGAAAAGGUCAAGAACGCCAGUCUGUGCAUUGAAAAUGCCCAUGGCCAAAAUAUGUGGAACGUACAUCUUCACUCGUGGGGCUCGGAGGCCGAGUUCUGGAAGCUCUACGAGACAAAAUACACCGUCAUACUCGAGAAGACACGCUCUUAUCUGCAACAGCAGGCUGCGCGCUUGCGCGCCAAUGGCCAGACGCCCAAGGCUGCCAUCUUCUUUUCUGCCGGCUUUGACGCCAGCGAGUGGGAAACCAAGGGUAUGCAGCGUCAUAAUGUGAACGUGCCCACCGAAUUCUAUGCACGCAUCACACAAGAUGUGAUCAGAAUAGCCGCGGAGGAGGGACUGGGUGUCGAUGGCAGAGUCGUCAGCGUUCUCGAAGGCGGCUACAGCGACAGAGCGCUGUUCUCAGGCAUUUUCAGUCACGUCUGUGGCCUUGCCGGUGACCAGUCGAACCCCGGACCACCAAGGGGUCGAGGGGGCCUGGCGUAUGAAAUCAGCCACAGGAUUGGCAUUAUAGAAGAAGGGGAACCUGCAGUUCAGUCACCCGAGCCGGCUGGACCGUACGAGCCACUACCCGAGUCGCAAAACCUGUCAUCGCUGCAUGCAUACGACCCGUCAUGGUGGUCGAGUGCAGAGCUUGAUAACCUCGAGGUUGCCAUGGGGGCCCCUCCUCUUGAACCCAAGAUGCCGCGUUAUGCGACGCCACCAACCUACUCAUCCCCCACACAGGCGUCGACAGCUCGAGUCGUCAACCCUGCCAAAAUGCGUCGAAGCCUGUCAGGCCUUUCGGCAACAAAUGGGCCCAUCUCCCGACCUCCAACGCCUCCAGCUCCCGAGGUGCCGUGGACUGUUGCUGCGCAUGAACUCAGCAAGCUGCUCAUACCCUCUGACCGACAAACCGACAGCUGCACGGCCGAAGAUCUCAAUGCCGAGGCGACCCGGGCGCGCCGGGACCGGCAGUCCCUCCUCCAGCCAACGGUACCGGCACCAGCGACUACCGCAAACGCUAGUAGCCGACCGUCGUCCCGCAUGUCGUUGCGUGAGCGCAAGCCCGCCAAAGCACCAGCAUACACCGAAAGCGGCAAUGGCGCGAACGAUGACAAGCACUCAAAAAGUCGCAGGAAAACCGUUGCUGGAGCCGCUGUUCUUGCUACGGACAAGCCAUCUUCUGGGGUGUCCCCCAUUCCUGCUGCUACGCCCGACUCUCAGAGAACUGGCCGUCGGGUGAGCGCGGCCUCGACGAUGACCACUAUACCUCCUGCCCCUGAACCACGCACACAGAGCAGCACUGGGGGUUCUCAAGGCGAAUCUUCUAGCACCAGACCAGACAUGCUAAAGGGUGCCAGGGCACCCGGCGACAACACUUCACUCGCUGUAAAGAAGACGAGAACGCCAAUUGCCACCAGAGGAGGGCCAAGCCGCGGACCGCGGGGAGGAAAAAAGACUACGAACCCCAAAACCGAGCCAAAUGCUGAGCUUGUCGGGCCUGUCGGGUCUACUCAGGUAUCAUUGCCUAACCAUGGCCGGCAGGUCUCAGCUCAUCCGCCAAGUGAUGAUCUGGACAAGAUUACAACGGGCAUGAAGAAGAUCAAGAUCAAUCUCAUUACAAAGUCUCAGAAGGAGGAAAGAGCGCGGUCAUCACAGGCAGCGGCAGCGGCAGCGGCAGCGACAGCAGCAGCACCCGUCACCCGAACGGAGCCCGGCCCAGCAGGGAACCAGUCUGCUCCCCGAUCUGCGUCCGAAUUUCUACCUCAGCCAGACGUCGCUCAACCGCCAGUGGUUGAUGAGACGACUUCGGCUCUGGCCGUUGAAGAAAGUGCCGAGACCCAGCCGGCAUUGACGGUGAAGCCUGAGAUAGGCGCUCAUGAGGGCCCAGUGAGCGCGCAGUUACCGCUUUCUUCAGAUGUGCCUGAGCACAAGGUCUUGCCGACUCAUUCCUUUGCAAGGCCGGCAUCUUCUCAGAAGGCACAGCAAGACGGCGCGGACCAGAGCCCUGCACUGGAGCUGACUUCCAAUACAAGCCCAGAGAUGUUUGUAGCUUACCAGGCAGAGGGCCCUGCACCGAUGUCUGUACCGCAGCAGGGCUCGCUGAGAUGGCUUCCACCCAACACCUCAACACCUGCCACGGCGAGGCGAACAGAUCUUCCCGUUUUUACCUCGACAUCCGCCAUUCCGUUUGCUGUAGCACAGAAACCCUCGCAAUCAACGGCUCACGAAGAAGACCUCAAAGAGACAGGAGCGAAACGAGAGCACCCACGUGAGGGCUAG